UUCAAAAUUCAAAAUUUCCCAAUGGCCACGUUCCUCUUUCGCCCCCCUUUUCACGGCCGCCUCCUCCCCCUCCGCCGCCUCCUGCCCCAGCCCAAAUCCCUCUUCCUCCCCAGCAGAACCCUCCUCCGCUCCCCCAGGCUCACCAUGGCCUCCUCGCCCCCGCCCCCUUCGCCCCCCUCCGCCUCGACGCUCCCUCCUCCGGGACGCCCGACUCGCUCCCCGCCGCCGCCCGAGUGGCCCUGCGCCCGCUGCACGCUCCGCAACCCGCGGGGCGCCGCCGCCUGCGCCGCGUGCGACGCCGCGCGCCCCGUGGACGUCGACGACGCGUCGCUGGGCCAGCCCGCCACCGUCGCCGCCUCUUCGUCGUCUCGCCCGCUCCCGCCGGCCCAGUGGUCCUGCGCCCGCUGCACGCUCCUCAACUCCGGGAGCUCCGCCGACUGCGCCGCCUGCCGCGCCGCGCGCCCCGUGGUCGUUGACGACGGCGACGAGCUGGACUUCUCCGCCGUCGCCGGCGCCUCGUUCCUCCCGCUCCGUGGGGGCCCGAGGAACAUAGGCCGCUCUGACGCUGCGACCAAGUUAGCUCUCGCAGCGCCGACGGACACUGUCUGCGAGCGCGGCGGCUUGAACGAAAGGGAUAAGACGGCCGCCGAAAAAGAGUGCUCAAGGAAGAGAGGCAUCAUCCAUGAGGACGUCGACUCCAAUGAAAGGGACGAGACAACCACUGAAAAAGGGUGCACAAGGAAGAGAGGUCGCGCGAUGUCGCCAGGCAUCGUCCAUGAGGUUGGCGGCUCGAAUGAAAGGGAUGAGCCAACUGCCGAAAAGGUAAAUUCUGAGGCUCAUUUGGAUAAGAAGACCAUCAAAGUCAUGACAUACAACGUAUGGUUUCGGGAGGAUUUGGAACUGACGAAAAGGAUGCAUGCCCUUGGAAAUCUUAUUCAGCACCACAAUCCAGAUCUUAUAUGCUUCCAGGAGGUUACACCAAACAUAUAUCAGCUUCUCCAAAAAUCUGGCUGGUGGCAAGAAUACAAAUGCUCGCUGUCAGCUAGGAUGGCCAUGCAGAGACAAUACUACUGCAUGCAGAUGAGCAAGCUGCCCGUGAAUUCUUUCAACUGCAUCCCAUUUUCCAACUCAGUCAUGGAAAGGGAGCUGUGCGUGGGAGACAUCAACAUUGGAGGCGUGACCAAGAUGGUGCUGGCCACAAGCCACCUGGAGAGCCCCUGCGCGUGGAAUCAGAUGUACAGCAAGGAACGGGUAGUCCAGGCGAAUGCGUCCAUGAGGAUUCUGGACAAGUUCCGCAACGUGAUAUUCUGCGGAGACAUGAACUGGGACGACAAAGGCGAUGGGCCAUUCCCUUUGCCAAACGGCUGGAUCGAUGCCUGGGCCGAGCUGAAGCCAGGAGAGGACGGCUGGACAUACGACACGAGGGCUAACGGCAUGCUUGCAGGCAACCGCAAGCUGCAGAAGAGGCUGGACCGGUUCGUGUGCAAGCUGCCGGAUUUCGAGAUUGACUCCAUCGAGAUGAUCGGGAAGGAAGCUAUACCUGGGAUAUCACACUACAAGGAGAAGACAGUCCGCAAGGUAGUCCAGAACAUCGAGUAUCCUGUGUUGCCUAGCGACCACUUUGGGCUUGUUCUGAGCAUCACCUAUGCAUCAUCCGGUUGAAAAAGUACGGUGUAAAAACGUUUCCUAGUAGUAGUAGUGGCGGUGAAUUUUGUAGCCCAAUGGAAAGUAUCAAGUAUCUCUACCCCUGGUUGAGAAGAAAUAACUUGGAGUUAGAGAUCGUUUCUGUCGCA